CACUUCUUUACUCCCCACCCCACCCAACCCAACCCAAGAAACAGUGCUGCAUGAGCCAUUCAGUACAGUUACCUCUUCAAACGUCCACCGGGCCGGUACUUUUUCUACAGUAUUUUUUAAUUUCUUAUCUUGAAAGCAAUUCAAUUUCGUGCUAAUCAGUGAACCCCCAUUAUUGUUGCAGUGAUCAAGUGUUGAAAACUUGAGUGUUUUAAACGUGCCUUAAAAAUCGCACAGAUGGGUGAUUCGGAAAUUAGUGAUUUUAAUCAUGAUUAAUUAUUCAAAUUGCGAAACUUAAAAGUUGCAAAGGACCAUCAUUUGAACUUUGUCUGUGCAAGUUUAAUCAAGAAGACAGGGCUUGUACGUCGCCUUUGUCAACUAUAUCCAUUCGAAUGAUAGUAGCAGAUGGACGAGAUAGUCGGAAUGACCGUUCCUCCAUCACCAUUACCAAGCAAAAGCCAGACUCUGAAGCAGGCUGUUGUAGCUGUUAACCAGCAGACUGUAUCAAUCCAGACUGUCUCUUUCCCCUCACCUCUGUCUACAGUCGAGGCGGCGACAGGGGCAACGGUACUCAUCGAAGGUAGCGCUUCUGAUUCUACCGCUGCAACCUGUAGCAGCAAAGACAGUCAAGUGCAAUCGUCAGAUAACGUUCGAGAAUGGCAGAAAACUCUCGAGUGUCCCCAACAGCAGCAGCAGCAGCACGUAGUUAAGAUAAGAAUUAAUCCUAAAGAUGAAAAUAGCAAAGUGAUAUCUUCGGUACGACUCAAUUUAGAUAAGAUUCAGUCGGAGAUUAUAAAUAAUUAUGACGAAUGUUUGGCUAAACAGAAUACUGGUGUGGUACUGGUGUGUGCUGCGAGUCACCGUGCAGAGACCGAGAAUGGGUGUGUGAGAAUUAAUAUCAUCAACAGUAAAACAAAUGUUAAUAAUGAUGGACAACAGUACAAUAAAAACGAAAUGAUUCAACACAAUUCUCAAAAAGAGGGAUUUACCAAUUCAAGUAUUAAUAAUAAUCCCAAAUGCUUUUAUUACGGGUCAUUUCAAAGUUCUUUAUCCAACAUGGUCAUGUCCAGUGGACAGUGUUCUCCUUCUGAUACUUUGGACAGUGGGACGUGUAGCGAUUUAGAUGGUACUCUGCCUCCGUUGCCGAAAAAGAGUUCUUGUACAAUUCUUCUUAGUGAAAAUGCCAAUGUCGAACUCAACAAUCAUCAUCAUCAUCGUACUGGAAGCUUAACGAGCAGUGGCGCAGAUGCAGACAGUGACAAUGAAGAAGAAGAAGAAGAAGAAGAUGAUGAAAAUCAAAGUAAUAUUAGUUGCGAUUCCCUCAAUAGUAGGCAACUAUUAAAUGCUCAGGUGAAUGGAAUUGCCAACACAGAAGAGAAAGGCUUCGAGGCUCAUGCGACCAACUUUGAUGCUGAAAACAAUUCCAAUAACGUCAAGGUCGGACAAGUUGAUAGUAAAAUAGAUAGUAAUAUAAAAGUUCCAUCUACAAAAUUAAAUAUUGUUUUAUUAAAUGAUGAUGAUGAUGAUGUUAAUCAUCAAAAGGACAAAGAUGUAUCAAAAGGUAGUUGCAAUUACUUGUCAAAUUUGAAUUUGGUGGGCAACUUUCUUCCAACUUUAGCUACACAAAUUUCACGUGCUCCUAGAGUUGUAAACCCAUUAUCAACUGAGAAUAUACAACAACAACAACAACAAUCUUGGUCACCAAUUGUUAGAGAAUGCACAUAUGAAGAGAGAAAUAAAAUACAGGAUAAAGAAAAUAGCGACGAAAAUUACUAUUCAAAUCAUCAUAAUAACUCGAUAUCAACUAUGAAAUAUGUUUAUGAUGAUGAUAGGUUUUAUAAAUUUCACUUGCACGAACAAUGUUUUGAUGACAACAAAAGCCGUUUGGAAUCAUCAAUAGUAUCAGGCGAAGGCGAAAACGAUGACAAGGAAAAUGAAUGCUUUGCAGGAUGUAAAAUUUCAGAUAAAGAAGCCAUAAGGAGUGCCAAGGGAACUGUGCGUGGAGUUAAGAAUAGGGUGCGUGCAGGAAUUGCAACUUUUCUUCAAAAGCCAUCAACCAAGAAUUACAAAGUCAAAGAUGAAGGAAAGGUUGUCGUUUACUCAACGACUAUGGGAAUUGUGAGGGAAACAUAUUAUGCAUGUAUGAAAGUGAAACAAAUUUUAAAAACACAUUUGGUAAGGUACGAAGAAAGGGAUAUGUUUAUGAGUACUGAGUGUCAGACUGAACUAAGAGACAGGAUGGAGUCUACUACAAUUGAGGUUCCUCAACUUUUCAUUGAUGGAGAGUACAUCGGGAAUGCAGAUACGGUAGAACGAUUAAAUGAAACUGGGGAACUUCGCCUUAUGCUGAAACCAUAUAAGAGCGCAGACGCAUGUUCAACAUGUAAAAUUUGUGGUGGCUACAGGUUACUUCCAUGUCCAACUUGUAAUGGCAGCAAAAAGUCCGUCCAUCGUAACGACUUUACUACAGAAUUUGUAGCUUUAAAAUGUAUGAAUUGCGAUGAGGCGGGUUUAGUUCGCUGUCAACAUUGUUAGAGAUUGCGAUCUAAUUGCGCGACGUCGUUUAUGAAAUUCAACAGACUACAAAAAAUGUUGCAAAUAUUGUUAAAUUCUUCAAUUUUACAAGGAGAAUAAAUCUUGGUAUCCUCGUGGUAAGACAAAAAAGAAACACCUCAACCAGCACGCAAUAUUACCUUCAUGUCAUUGUAAUAUGACCUGCGUGAUAUUACUUUUAAACUGAGAAAUUUGUUUCUUAAAAAGCAAGCAAAGAAAAAUAUAAAGGAAAGCCAUCGAAAUAUUACCUCAAUAUCAAUGUAUAAUCAGACAAUUUUAUAUCACAGUAAAAUCACUCCAUUACGAAUAUCCAUAAUGUAAUAUUACAGUGAUGUUCAGAUAAUUUUACGUGCUACACUGAAGCCUCACUUAAUUGAACAUGGAUGACGCAAUUCGACACGAAGUGUCGCGUUUAUUUGUACUUUGGUAGGCAUAACUUAUGUUGGUGACGUAAUUCGAUAAAUUGACAUGAUUGAUUGGUUUUGUUUGAAUUCAACCAAUGGAAAUGUAGCAAUCUUUCCAUUGGUCGCGUACUGCGCAUGAGCUAAAAUAAGUGGGGUUAGGGCUGAUCCUAACUGAAAGUAACUGAAGCUAAAACGGGUUCAAAUAAACGAGACUUUAAAUAAGUGAGGUUUCAGUGUACUUGGAACGAGACUUGGAAUGUUGUGCGUUUACAUGUAUAAGAAAGAAAUGUACAAAAAUUCGAAAGUUUGCUUUCGGAAAAAAUGUUGCUCAUAAUUGUUUACUCAAUGUGAAUUUAAUGCUUCCUAAUGUCAAUAUUAAUAUAUAAUACUGUAAUAUAAGGUGCUACAACUGCAAUAUACAAUGUAAACAAUGCAGCAUAUAAUAAUCAGUGCUGAAAUCACCCUUGUGACUGAGACUUGAUUUAUAGUCAUUGACGACCGUCAAUGGAUAUUAUUUAUACAUAACAAAUACCUAUAACGAGUUUUGUAAAUUUUUGAUGAAACUCAAGUUACCAAUAACCCUUUUAAUGUCUAUAAGCAAAAAUAUAAAACAACUUUUUCUUUAUAAAUUUAUCUUAAGAAAAGAUAACACAAGUCAACAUGAAAUUUGCGCUUGACAUUUAAGAUAUUUUUUAUGAUAGAUUUAUCGACAGAUAUGAGGAAAAAAAUUAUACUUUAUCAAAAAGUUUGUUUUUGUAGAUAGGAGAACGUUUUUACUAUAUAUUUUUGAAAAUUUAUGAUUGACCAUUUCAUGAAUAUUGCAUAUGAGUAGGUAAUGUGCAAAAUAAAAAAAAUUUUUUAAAUUUGAUUAAAAAAUGGUGUCUAUGUGCAGCAUUUCAUUGGAAAGCGUCUCGUUUCAGGAGUCCAUGGCCGCAGACAACUAACGUCCUUAAUUUUUGAUCUGGAAAAAAACGAAAAUGUUGUCAGUUUCUAUACAUCAACAGCUAUCGACACACGUAGGAUUUUUUUAUAUUACUUACUUUUAUUUUUAUCAACAAUUUUGUGAAUUUUUUUUUUUUGAAAAUUGUCACUUUUGUUCAAUCACGCACCAUUUUGCAAAAAAUCAAAAUAUCGAAAAUAUCCUACGUAUGUCGAUAGCUAUUGAUGUAUAAAAAAUGACAACAGUUUGGUUUUUUUCCAAAUCAAAAAUUGAGGACGUUAGUUGUCCGGCCAUGGAACCCUAAAAAAAACAGAAGGCUUCCAAUAAAAUGCUGCACAGAAGCCAUUUGGCAAUGACAUUUAAAAAAAAAUGUAUUUUGCAUAUUAAUACUCAUGGAAUAAGGGGCCGUUCAUAAACUACGUCACGCUUUAGAGGGGGGGGGUGGAAUUAAUUUUUUGUGAGGUUCUGUAGAAAAAAUGACGCCAAAGCAUGUAAAAUUUGUGACGUGGAGAGGGGGGGGGGGGGUGGGGGUGAAAAAAUUAUGCAAAAUAGUGUGACGUAGUUUAUAAACGGCCCCUAAAACAUACUUUACAGAUUUCUAAUUGACCAUUUCAUUGAGCAAAAAAAAAUUCCUAAAAAUAUGCCCAAUUUUCGUGAGUUACUUAGAUGUCCCCGCCCUUAACAUAUCUGCAACUACUACAAAAGCAAACUUUAUAAAGAAUAUGUAUAUUGUUCCUUUAUUUUAGUGAAUAAUAAAUAAAAAAAUCAUUAUAUAAACCCAGGCGCAAAAUUUUUUUGUUUUUUUGUUGAGCUGCGUGUAAUCAAUAUUUCUAUUUCAUCCUAUUAAAAAUGAUUUUUCAAUUCAAUCAAUUACUAGAAAAUUAAAGCAUUUUUUAUUUAAUUUCGUCCAUAAGUAAAUUAUGGCAUUGGUAACUUGAGUUUCAUAAUUUUUGGCAGCUUGAAAAACGUCUUGUCAAUAUAUUAUGUUUCCCUUGCAAAAUUAUUCUUUCUAGUUAUAACGAUUCGCUAUAUCGAUAGAAAUCAUUAUAAAUCAAAUCAAUUUGUUCUUCUGCGAAUUAGUGAAUUUUCACUUCAUUGAUAUAUAGAGGUAGCCAAAAGUGAGCUGGCGCACUUUUCAUUGAAAAGAAAAGCGAAAAUUAUUUCACUGAAUCAAUAUUUCAUUGAAAAUUCAAAUCUAUAUAAUUUAUUGCAAUGUAUAUAUAUUUAUACAAAGUUGAUAAAUUUUUUGUACAUUAUACUGAUCUAAUAAAUAAUAUAAUAUUU